AUGAAAGAUGCGAAUGAACCAGGAAAUAACGAUGGGAAUAGAAUAGAAGGCGAAAGAGAUAGCGAUAGAAGAUCAAAUCAGAACAGUAAUAGUUAUAGUAUUGUAGCAGACGACAGAAAUGAGAAGGACUCAGCAAACGGUAAUCAAUCAGACAACAAAUAUAUUUCAACAAAAAGAAAAGCUGGAGAAAGGAGACAAGAAGAAAGGGAUUUGAAUGUGACAGACUUAGAAACAGAAAUGGAAACCAACCAAGACAACAAAACAGACGACUCAAUAGAAAUGGACAGAAAUAAUAAAAAGAGUAAAGUGGGGAACAUCUCGAACAGUUGUGAACAGAUUGAUAUAAAUGACUAUAGCAUCAUCCCUGGUCCAGAGGAAAAUUUAGGUACCAUCUUACAGAAUCAUGAUGUAAUGACACCACCACCACUACAAAGAACAGAACAACACCCAGACCCAACAUCAACUCCCAACCAGAAAAAAGACCCCAACCAAAUACAUCAAAAGAAACAGAACCGUAUCCCUGAAAACGUCACACCAAUUAACGAUAAGAGGGAGAAAGAGACCCAACAACAGAAAACUGAUACACAACUCCAACAACAAAAACGAGAAGACCCCCCAACCCAGGAACAAGACCCCUCCUCAACAAAAAUAAAAAUAGACCCACCACCUACACAACAACGAAAAGAUCCUCCAACCCAGCAACAACAGAAAAAAGACCCACCAUCUCCAAAACAGAAGACACCACAGAAACAGAAAAAAGAGCCACCACAAAAAGAGAAAACAGACCCACCCACCCUACAACAGAAAAAAGAGCCACCACCAAACAAACCAGCCAGAAGAAGAUAUGAACCUAAUAUAGAUAACAUCAAGAGGAUAGUAGAGGACAGACAGAAGAGAAGAACAGAUAACAGCAAUGAAUAG